AUGGCUCCUGUGCCAGGUUACUCAUAUCCAGGUAAUUACGGAGACAUUCCUACCGACCAGAGGGCGCACCCGAGUGGUAUUACUCCAGGUAGAUUGUCAUUGGAUACGAGACCUCGACUUCGCACUUCCUCUGGCAAUUCCGGAGGUAGACUUUCUAUUGACUUGAGUAGGAGUGAUGAUGCCACGAAGGGGAUCACACAGAGCAGAAACUCAUGUCGUAUUCCGAUGAGUCUAAUUCAGGAGAGCAACCAGGCAGUUGAUGAUAAGGCUGAUGACUAUCUGGUUGACCAUCCGGACGAGGACGAGGAUGAGGAUGCAAAUGAUGCUAAUGAUGACGACGAUGAUGGUCCAAAGCCUAGUGGAGGUACAACCACAAGUGAAAAAGGAAAAUGA